AUGAUUGUACUGUACCAGGCAUUAAGGGAAAACGGACAGAACAGAAAGAGCUAGAAAUGAUGUUAUCAUCCGAAUUGCGGAGCGAGUUCCAUGAUUUUGAUUAAAAUGGAAUCUACUGUAAACGCGUCUUACUACAGCACCAUCUACCUACCAAACAAUGAAUACUACAAAGUCAGUAAGCUUCAGGUCGUUCUUGUCUCUCAUCUUCGUCGUUUGUCUCCUCAUCGUUUUGUACAUUUUUCUGUUUGAAACAGGUAAAUAUCCCGUUCUGCAGAGACACAGGGAGACGGAAUCUCGAAGACUCCUGAGCAUAUAUGCAACAAAUCAAUCACAAUUGGUUAGUGAGUCUAACAUCAAUUCAUCAGACGAUGACUGGCUCAACGAGAUAUUACAAAUUAUGUCUGAAAAUGAAGAUUAUUUAUCUGAAGGAGCCUGGUUGAAAACCACAGAAUUCCCAACUCAAACCACAUCUAAACCUGAUCAAAUUGAUCGUCGGCAGUACCACAAACCAAUCUUCGUCCCAGCCAGCAAAGCGGAAAAAACGCAUGAUACAUUAUCUGGCAACACUUCUCGUGUCCAAGUAGUAAUCCUUACCUCUAAACGAUCCGGUUCGUCCUUUCUUGGGGAGUUAUUCAACGCUAACCCGUAUGUGUUUUACGUAUACGAACCUCUAUACGUGCCGAUGGAAGAUGUUUAUACUCAUAACUUGGCUGGUGAUUGGUUCACAAAGAUUUCGGACAAUGUUUGGAACCACACAUUGAGGUGCAAUUUUUCAACCAAGUAUCCUCCCGAUCAUUCCUGGUUAAAACGCGGAGACGCCUCGUUUGAUUCCUGCAAGUCCAAUGCAGCGAUCAAAAGGUCCAGUUUGCUAUGUCCAGUGCCGAGGAUACCUCUACAGAAGAUAGGACCUGUCGUUUCUGGCCUGUGCCACGAUCGCCCUUAUACAGUUCUCAAGACAAUUCGGGUCCAGAGUAUCUUAGAACUGAAGAAAUUUAUUGAGGACCCGGGCUUAAAUAUCAAGAUUCUCCACCUGGUCAGAGAUCCAAGGGCUGUCAUGAGCUCAAGAUGGAAUUUGAAGGAGUCAAAUAAAGAUCUUUUUCGACGGAAGGGUCCUGGAGCGGACGAGGUCUUAGACUUGUGCGACCACAUGCAGCAGAAUAUAGAACUCGGUUCCAGUACCCCCGACUGGUUGAAAGAUAGGUACAUACGAGUUCGAAUGGAAGACAUAGCCCAAGAUCCCAUUGACGAGACAAAACGACUGUAUGAUAAGCUUGGAAUGCGGUUACACGACGACGUUUUGUCUUGGAUAAAAGAGAACACUCACGGAUCGACAGAUGGUAGUGAAACAUUCAAUCCCUAUUCUAGGACCCGUGACACUAAAAAGGUGGUUAACUCUUGGAAAAGUAAACUGUCUGUACCAUCGAUUCAACGAAUCGAAUCAUCAUGUUGGAAAUUGAUGAACGCUUUAUCCUACGAACGUUUUUCAUUAAAAGACAGAACUAUAUAUAAGAAACCAGACGAGAAAAAUAACGGCCUACACAUUCAAAGGUCAUCUAAUGUCAUUCGGAGCAGGAAACAAUUUCCAUCAGAAAGGCACAAACUUUCAAGAUUUCAGAGAAAUCAAUAUGUGGGAAAGCCUAACAAUACUCACAGAUAGACAUAACUGCAAUUAUCUCGGCAAGAUAGGGUUUGAUACUGGUACAAUUGUAGUAAAUGUUUGGCAAAUAAGUUUUCACUUUCAGAAUCCGCAGUUUGUCCAUUUUACGUGACCCUCUGGAAGAUCCCAGCCAUGCGACCGGACCCAAAAAGUGAAAUUGACAGAUCAUAUAUCAAUCGAAAAUUUAUAAAUUUCAAAACACAGUGAUGCAAGGUUUAUGCAUUAUCAGCGGUUCCCAUUUGAGUAUUUUGCUAAAGAAUAGAUCCGCGACGUCAUUUUGUGUUAAAAACGAUGUGGCACCAUUAUGUUUGUAAACGGAAAAAACUGAUCGAUGUUCAUAACCUUUGUAAAAAAAAACAUCGAAAGUACAUAUUCGUUUAAGCUUGAAUGGAUGGAAUUUAUAGCUUUGGACUAGUUUUUGCCAUGUUUCAUUUACCGUUGCGCAGCUAUUCAACUCUGCAUUGAGAUUACAUUUUCCUGCCAUAGCCAAUUAGGUCAAGUAAGAGCCAAACAAAGAAAUCACACAAAAAUAGUGAAGAGUUGUAGGUUUCAUUCCAUUUGAGCACUGAAUGAUUGUUAGUACCGUUUUCAAUGGAAAAAUUCGAAUUCAUAAUCUGGAAAUUCGAAAAAUAAUCUUACUGCGUACAAAAUGAUGUAAUCACGUUAACCAUUUUGACACAUUGUGACGGCAUGUAGAUCAGGACGUUACUAGAUCCUAUUGUCAAACCCAUUAAUUUGAGCUUCUCUUAAGCAAGAUACUCAGCUGGCAAGCGGAGAAUGUGCACAAAACUUACAGCUUAUGUAGAUCCCCAUAAUGUCUAUUUCACUUAUAGCUCUGAUCUGGACCUUUAAAUCAUAGUUACACUGUAGAGCCCACUUUCAAUUUUUACGGAUUUUAUUUAGACCAUGUGCAAUAUCGACAUCACCUUGAGCAGUUAGACAAUCAGUGUUUUUGUGUGUUUGUGAUUAAUCCUAUCGUUUUAUUCAUUUUUGCAUGUAUAUCAUAUCUACUUCAUAAUGUUGCUAUCAGUGGCGUACCGUGGGUCACGGCAUUGGUGGGGCACCAUCAAAAAUUUUGAGUCACCUAGUGAGCGCGCGAA